CGCCGCCGCCAGCGCCAGUCAAAAAAGCGGACUCACGCUGUGUGGUAGCGCGCUGCGUCGGUGCUUGUAGUUUUUUAGUUUGACAGUUGGCGCGUUUUUCGUUUCUGUUCCAACAAGGUAUUUUUGUGGAAAUCAUAGAUUUUAUGUUGGUGUAAUCUGUGUAUUUUCUGUUCAAAUUGUGUGCGACUAGUCAUUUGUGAAUAAAUCAUUCGGCGGUUGUGAAUUGUGUGAUUGCAAGCGCUGUGUACUCGCCGUGAAGUGCGGGAUUUUUGUGUGUUUUUUUUCGCUGGGAAUUCUCUAUCUACGUGUGACCCGUCGCUGGAAACUGCAAAGGUCGCCCCCUGCAGCAUAAUAGGGAGCCAUACGCCGAGGCGGAAAGACGGGUGCGACACGCACUCGUGAUCUAGAGGGUAGGGCGUGGUGCGGGCGGCGGCCGCGAGCCCGGCACCAUGGCUACGGUGGACGGGCGGCCGGCGCAGUAUGGCGUCACGCUGCGGCAGCUGCGCGAGCUGAUGGAGACGCGCGGCGCCGAGGGGCUGGCCAAGAUCAACGCGCUCGGCGGGCCGCAGGACCUGUGCAAGAAGCUCUUCACAUCGCCCACAGAUGGUCUUAGCGGUUCAAAAGGUGACCUGCAACACAGGCGAGAGGUGUUCGGUUCGAACCUCAUACCGCCGAAACCUCCCAAAACCUUCCUAACGCUGGUGUGGGAGGCGUUGCAAGACGUCACGCUUAUCAUAUUGGAGGUCGCUGCCGUAGUCUCGCUAGGGUUGAGUUUUUACAAACCGUCCGAAGACGAAAGCGAUCCUGCGCAUUUGGACGAAGAGGAGGGCCAUUACCAGUGGAUAGAGGGGCUGGCGAUCUUAAUAUCUGUAAUAGUUGUCGUUAUAGUAACCGCAUUCAAUGACUACACGAAAGAAAGGCAAUUUAGAGGGCUACAAUCUCGAAUAGAAGGCGAGCACAAGUUUGCGGUGAUAAGAAGCAGCGAGGUGAACCAAGUGCCCAUAAGUGAGAUCGUGGUCGGCGACAUCUGUCAGAUAAAGUAUGGCGACUUGCUGCCAGCUGACGGCAUCCUGCUGCAGAGUAACGACCUUAAGAUUGACGAGUCAUCUCUCACGGGAGAAUCGGACCAUGUUAAGAAGGGUGAAUCUUUUGAUCCCAUGGUGCUAUCCGGUACUCACGUUAUGGAAGGCUCAGGUAAAAUGUUGGUGACGGCGGUAGGUGUGAACUCGCAGGCGGGCAUCAUCUUCACUCUGCUGGGCGCGGCGGUGGACAAGCAAGAGAAGGAGAUAAAGCAGAUGAAGAAAGAAGCCAAAAAGCAGCAGAAGAAGGGACAGCGCAAGAGUCUAACAGGUGACGACGACUUACCAGCGUCCGGCAACAGUCACGGCAACCACGCGCGCCCCGACGACAACCAUGUGCCCGCUCCAGCCGCAGACAAGCCCGCGCCCGAGACUAGUCACAAGAAGGAGAAGUCCGUGCUGCAGGCCAAGCUGACCAAACUAGCCAUACAGAUCGGCUACGCCGGCUCAACGAUCGCGGUGCUAACGGUGAUAAUCCUAGUGAUCCAGUUCUGCGUGCACACGUUUGUCAUCAACCAGCAGCAGUGGAAGGCGACGUACAUCAACAACCUAGUGAAGCAUCUCAUCAUCGGUGUCACGGUGCUGGUGGUGGCGGUGCCCGAGGGGUUGCCUCUUGCAGUCACGUUGUCGCUUGCGUACUCCGUCAAGAAAAUGAUGAAAGACAACAACUUAGUGCGACAUUUAGACGCUUGUGAAACGAUGGGCAACGCGACCGCUAUCUGUUCGGACAAGACCGGCACUCUCACGACCAAUCGGAUGACAGUAGUGCAAUCCUACAUCUGCGAGAAACUGUGCAAGGUCACGCCCAACUAUCGCGAUAUUCCGCACGAGGUCGCCGAGACGAUGAUCGAGGGAAUAUCUGUCAACAGCGCUUUCACAUCCAGGAUUAUGCCGUCGCAAGACCCGACAGCGCCGCCGAUGCAAGUCGGCAACAAGACGGAAUGCGCGCUGCUCGGCUUCGUGGUAGCGCUGGGCCAGAGCUACGAGGGGGUGCGCGAGAGACACCCAGAGGAGUCGUUCACCAGGGUGUACACGUUCAACUCGGUGCGCAAGAGCAUGUCCACCGUCAUCCCGUACAAGGGCGGCUAUCGGCUUUACACUAAGGGUGCUUCCGAAAUUGUUUUAAAAAAAUGCUCAUUCAUCUACGGUCACGAGGGCCGGCUGGAGAAGUUCACGCGCGACAUGCAGGAGCGGCUGGUGCGGCAGGUCAUCGAGCCCAUGGCGUGCGACGGGCUGCGGACCAUCUCGGUGGCGUACCGGGACUUCGUGCCCGGCAAGGCGGAGAUUAAUCAGGUGCACAUAGACCAAGAGCCCAACUGGGACGACGAAGACAACAUUGUAAAUAAUUUAACUUGCUUGUGUGUUGUUGGUAUUGAAGACCCUGUGAGGCCAGAGGUGCCAGAGGCGAUCAGGAAGUGUCAGAAGGCGGGCAUCACGGUGCGCAUGGUGACAGGUGACAACGUGAACACGGCGCGCUCCAUAGCGGUCAAGUGCGGCAUCCUCAAGCCAUCCGACGACUUCCUCAUCCUCGAGGGCAAGGAGUUCAACACGCGGAUCAGAGACGCCAAUGGAGAGGUCCAGCAGCACCUGGUGGACAAGGUGUGGCCGAAGCUGCGCGUGCUGGCGCGCUCGUCGCCCACGGACAAGUACACGCUGGUGAAGGGCAUGAUCGAGUCCAAGGCGUUCGACACGCGCGAGGUGGUCGCCGUCACCGGCGACGGCACCAACGACGGGCCCGCGCUCAAGAAGGCCGACGUGGGCUUCGCUAUGGGUAUCGCCGGCACGGACGUCGCCAAGGAAGCGUCGGACAUCAUCCUGACGGACGACAACUUCUCGUCCAUCGUGAAGGCUGUGAUGUGGGGCCGCAACGUGUACGACUCCAUCGCCAAGUUCCUACAGUUCCAGCUCACUGUCAACGUUGUCGCCGUCAUCGUCGCCUUCAUCGGCGCCUGCGCUAUUCAGGACAGUCCUCUCAAGGCCGUUCAAAUGUUAUGGGUGAACCUGAUCAUGGACACGCUGGCGUCGCUCGCGCUGGCGACGGAGAUGCCCACGCCAGACCUGCUGCUGCGGAAACCGUACGGCCGCACCAAGCCGCUCAUCAGCCGCACCAUGAUGAAGAACAUCCUCGGACAGGCCGUCUACCAGCUCUUUAUCAUCUUCACACUACUCUUUGUCGGUGACAGAAUAUUAAACAUCCCGUCGGGCCGGUACCAGCCGCUCAACGCGGAGCCGUCGCAGCACUUCACGAUCAUCUUCAACACGUUCGUCAUGAUGACGCUGUUCAACGAGAUCAACGCGCGCAAGAUCCACGGCCAGAGGAACGUCUUCCAGGGACUCUUCACCAACCCCAUCUUCUACUCCAUCUGGAUCGGCACUGCACUCUCUCAGAUAAUAAUCAUCCAAUUCGGCGGCAUGGCGUUCAGUACGGCGGGUCUGUCGAUAGACCAGUGGCUGUGGUGCCUGUUCUUUGGCGCCGGCACGCUGGUCUGGGGCCAACUCGUCACCACUAUCCCCACCAGAAAGAUACCCAAGAAGUUGUCAUGGGGCCGCGGGCAACCCGACCCAGAGUCCAUGCAACCGGGCCCGGACUACGACCCGGACCUGGACAAGAAGCCGCGCGCCGGACAGAUCCUCUGGAUCAGGGGGCUAACGCGCCUACAGACGCAGCUGCGCGUGGUGCGCGCGUUCAAGUCGACGCUCGAGGACCUGGAGGAGCGGCUGUCGGCGCACUCGGCCGCCGGCCUGCGCUCGCGCCUGCGCGCCGCGCCGCCCGACAUCGCCUACAUCGACGCGGACGACGUGCCCGCCGCGCCGCGCACCGAGACCACCAUAUUCUAGACCCGUCCCCGCGCCCGCACCACACGCCCGCACACACGCCAGUGGCGGAUCCACUGCCGACAGCCGCGCCUCUGAUACUGAAGCCAUGCUGGGUGUGCACUGUUUACCAACAAACCAAAAUAAAAAUGAUGGCAUAAAUCGCAAGUCAUAUCACAACUAAUAAUUAACUAGUUCUCAAAUUAAUGAACAUAAAUAAUAAGCUCAGAACAAUUAGAUACAGUUAAUAUAUUUUAAUGAAAUAACAGUACAUAAGUUAUAAAAUGACGUGGUUUUCCACCUUCAUUUCUAAUUUGUUUGUUAGGUAUACUAACAUUGAGUAUGGCCUAAGUAUAGUUACAAUAAUAAUGUUUUUUUAUGUCAAUAAAACUGCACCUUUUAAUAUUUUGGUAAAGUAGGACUAAAAUAUUAAAGACACAAUUUUUUGGGCCAAAUUUGGGCCCAGUCAGCCCGCUGGUGAAUCCGCCACUGCCACACACGCAUCGAGUACUUAACGCCGCAAUCUCCGCGCAAUCUCGUCCCGUCUCCGCGGCGGGCCGCCCGCGGGCCCGACCCCUAGGCGAUAAGACUUUUGUUAAGUGUUGAAAUUUUUAGAUUUUAGGUAGUCGAUAGCAAUAAAGUCCACGACCGGAGGCCCGACGUCGGGCCCUAGACCGCUACUGUAUUGUAAAUAAGUGACUUUCACUCGAACGUCUUUGUAUGUAUAUCGGAGGUGAUAUUUUGUAUAGACGUCGCGGUUUUAGAUAACUCCUUUUGAAAAUUGUAACUUUUUACUCUUUAGAAUUUUACUGCGUAAUCGACACGACACUCGAUAGUUAGAGAUCCGGUUAGUUUGUGUGUUUGUACGGUACUUGACUUGUUUCAUAGUAAAUGUUGGGACCACUUUACCCGUUUCUGCCUAAAACUGGGAUACAAUUAGCGCUACAAUUAUUAUAUCUAUAACUGAAUGUUGUUUCAAACCAGAGUUUAUUCAUAUAAAUGGGAUGUGUAUUCUAAAAUAGCUAGAUAGAUAGACCUUUGUAUACUACCCGAUCAGUGUGAAUGAGGCCGCUGAAAACGAAACCUGUAGCGAUUACGAAUGUUACGAGAUCUUAUUUACGAUUUAAUAAAUUUUGAAGCGAAAUUCCAUAGCAUUUUCUUUCAAUAGUGUUAUGGUGGGGGCCUUAGUCUUAGAAUGUCGCUCUAUUUCAGAUGUUAACGGUAAGUUUAGGUCGAGUGGGACGCCGCGCCGCCGUAGGUACUAUAUACUCGACAGUAGUGACGCAUGACCCGUGUUGCACGUUGUCUGACGUCUUCGGUACAUACGACUUGGGGACCUAGCCCAUUGUGCGCCCACGACCACGACCAGUGGCCACAACGACCAGCCGACUAAAUCACUAACUACGAUACAAGUUAACUAUCGAAUAUAAUUAAUUACAAAUCAAUAACCACAUUUUACGUAAUAGUUUUCCAUAAAGCCCAUUUUAAACUAAAAACACAAAGUCAACUGGGCAAUGUCCACUAGCUACUCUAUCUAUGAUAACCAGAAAGGGUUGUUUGUAGCCGCCGGAUGACAUUUUUACCUAUAAUCUCAAUUUUAAUUAGUUAGCAUUAAGAACUUGAGAAUUGCUAAAAAGAGCUAGAGGGUAAAUUUCGUGUUAAAUAUCUAGUAAUCAAAGUUAGUAAAUAGGCCAACGGGUUAACCUGAAGUGACUAUGAACAUCGCACACUUGGCUUCAGACCAAGCCGAUACGACUGGUCGUUGCGACCAAUCUACGUAUUGGUAUGAACGUUUACACACAAGUUCUGUGACAAUGAACGGCCAGCCAGUAUUAAAUGGAUAUCAUCUGAAUAUUUACGACCGUAGAUUUUGCGAUCACGGCCAAAAUCUAGUCGUGGUCGUGGCCACAUAGUGAGCGAGGUCCCUUAACGUAACUACCCGUACGAUACCGCACCGAACAAUGGUCAGUGACCACGCGUAGGUCGACUCUGACGCCUCUUCGAGGCGACGCGUGCCGCCAUUUUGUGACGUGCGCGUCAUCAAAAUGGCUGCCACUUAGAUUGUAAGUACAGAGUAUCUAUUGAAGAUGUUUUUUUUUUUCUUCUACUAUUUAUUACGUUCAGUACAAUUUUUUGUGUUUAAUAAUAUAUGUAUUUUUUUUUUGUUCAAUUGUAAUUUUUUAAUGAAUUUUUUGGCUUCGCAUUUAUAGUGUGGUCAUGCUUAUGUUACAGCGUUAUGCAUGUAUACAGGUGUCUGUGAGUAUGCACAAGUAAACUUUUUUAAUUACUUUUUUUUUUAAUUAGAUGUUUGGUAGCGUAUCUGAGAGUAUUUUUUUUUAUUAACGAUAUAUUUAAUAGCAAUCUAAUUUAAUGUUACGUUUUGUGAUAACGAAGUCUCGAGUCUUAAUUUUUUAUACGCAUAAAAUAAAUCCAGUGUUCAAAUAAUAAUUAAAACUACAAAUAUUUUUAUUUACGCCACAGGAACUACCAAACCUCUAAAGUUUAGUAUAUAAGCAGCUAUAAAAAUAAUAAAAAAAAGAAACAUAGUAAUAUAUCUCCACUAUUACACGAAAAACUAGAAAUUAAGUACUAAAAUAUGUUUUAUUCAUUUUUUUUUUAACUUAAAACAAGGAGUUAGUUCGUUUUUAUUUUAAUCGUAAUUUUUUUUUCAAUCGUUAUCGGUUGUGUAAGUACUUAUUUAAUAAGUUGAUUUCAUUAUCUUUGUUUUUGAACUUGCGUUUUUACUUACUUUUUUUAAUGUUACAAAAUAUACUUAUAUUACUUAACCGGCAUAUAAACGACCAUCUUAAUAAUAUAAAAACUCAUUUUGAAUAAAAGUAUUUAUUUGAA